UCGCGCAUGCGCCCUCCACGCGAGUUUCGUAGGGAAACUUGCAAUACUUGCAUACGUGCACACGCACGAAGCUCAUCUAAUUUGUUUUAUCACGGCAAUCGAUCCUGGGCUUUAGCGCAUACAAUCAAAAAUUUGCAGAACGAAUACCCUCUCCUCUCUCUUCUCUUUUCCGCGUGCAGAGAAACGCUGGCGUUUCGCGCCUACGAGCCGGGAAUGCGCCGCGUGGCGUAAACGCGCACGCGGAAAUUCGAUUCUAACCUCGUUACAGCGAGCGAGCGAGCGAGAGAGAGAGAGAGAAAAAGCGAGGUGUCCUUCAAUUUCGAUUUCGAAGCGAGAUGUCUGCGAAUGGACUCCCUCUCACCAUCGAGUUCGGGGGUGGGGCGGAAUUCCUGUUCGAUGGGAAAAAACUACACGAGGUGGACUUACCCGGCGUGGAAUGGACGUUGAAACAACUGCUGCACUGGCUGCGGGAUAACCUCCUGACGGAGCGGCCUGAACUCUUUAUGCAGGGUGACACGGUGAGACCGGGCAUUCUGGUUAUGGUAAACGACGCCGACUGGGAAUUGCUGUAUAAUUUCAGGGUGAAGGCGAUUAUAAACUCUGCCCGCGAGACAAGGUGCUCUUCAUCUCGACGCUGCAUGGAGGAUAAAAGGUACGAAUUUCCAAUACCGAAAAUCUCGACUAGAAUAAGUGUGAUCUAUCCAAACAUUGUAAAGUUUUUUCAUGUACAUGUCAAAUAUUUGAUACUUCAGUAUUGUUGCAUUUUAAAUUGGACACAUGAGGAAAUAAAAUGUUUUUUUUUACUAAGUAUAUUCAGUUUCAAAUAAUAAUUAUGAGAUUGUUUUAUCGCAUCACAGUUUUGGGAGCUUUCUAAAUUGAUUUUAUUAUCAUUGCAAAUUUUAUGGGAAGGGAAUGUAAAUUUCUUGCCCAAUCUUUAUUCUGAAAGGCCGUUUGUCUUAUAAAAUUAUUGAUUAUUGUUGUUAUUUGGAAACUUUGCUUGGAAAGACGAUACUAGUUGUUUUUUUUUUUUUGUGGAUUUAAAGCUAAACAUUCUCUGUUUUUAAAGAAAAAUAAGUAUAUAUUUUUGAAAUUUAGCAAAAACGAGAAGAAAAGUUUUAUAUGGAAAAAGCAAUUUUCAGCAUUCCAUAAUUUAUAUUAGAUUGUAAAAAGUGAUUGUUUGCAAUUGUUUUGCAAUAAUUUAUGCAAUGAGAUCAGCAUUCGUGUUUCAAUGUUAUCAGAUUUGGCCAUUCAAUAAUUUAUAUUUUUGAAAUUUGGCUUAUUAUUAGAUACUAUUCAGUUACGUGUUAAUUCAGAAACUAUUACGUGGUCCGUGAAUAAUAAGUUAUCACGUUUUGCGCGAGUUAACUGAAAAAGUUUUAAAUUACGUCAAUCAGUGUUCGUGUAUAUAAUUCGACUUUAUUUUAUAGUCACGCGUGAAUUGUAUGUUUCCCUUGUUGGUUUUGCGUUACCAUUUUUUUUUUAAUGUAACGCAAAGUGGGAUAUUCAUCGAAUAUCACGUUUAUCAGAAACGCAUGUGAUGCAAUUCGACGGGUAUUUAAUUAAAAGCAGAAACUGUUAAAGUUUAAAAAAAAUGUUUUUGAUAAAUUGAAAUAUCUGUAGAUAAAUAAAGAAUUUCUUUAGAUACUUACUUUAUAUUACAUAAUAAAGUAAACUGUGAAAUUAUUUUUCAAUCAACAUUUAAUCCUUUUACUGGCAUUUUACUGACAUUCCAAUCUGCAGUACUAUUGUCACACUUUGUCCUUCGAAAUCACUCAUCCUUUUCCUAGUCUACUAACUGCAAGCGCAAUUUGACAGCAAUGCGUACCUUUUACGCACAUUACAGGCUUGAAUAGCUUUACAUAUAUUGCGUUGAAAAUGCAUAACGCGAGGUAACACGUGUUUCUCUUUUAUUGAAAGGAAAGAGUUGAGUGACGGAAAAUCGAUAGAAAAGUUUUGUCACAAGGAUUGGGAAAUUGUUAAAUUGUGUUUUAUAUUGGCAAAAAUACAUUUGAUAUCUAUAAAAAUUUCAGACAAAUAUCAAAAUUGUUCUGUAAUUUUCUAUAUAACUAUAAUUUAAAAUGUAGAAUGCACAUCUGUCUUACCACAACAUACUUUCAUU